AUGGCAGUAUCUCAGGAUGAGGUUGAACGGGUGAUGCUGAGGACGCCCGAAGUGCACAAACUUCGGCAUUGGUCUCAGCUAUACUCGGCAGAACCUCAUCUGGCCGGUGAUUUGGCUCACGCCGAAAGGAUCAGAGACUUGUGGCGUUCGUACGGUAUCCCCACCGAGCUGGCCACUUACGAAGUGCUGCAAAACUUUCCUGAGUCGCAGGCCCUUCAACUGCUCUCUGCAGAUGGAAAAGUCGCCUUUGAGGCGACCCUUAGGGAAGAUGAGGUCCCAGAGGACCCAACUUCGUCACCGGACAAGGGCCUGCCGGCCUUUCACGGCUUCGGCGCCAAUGGAGACGUCUGCGCCGAGCUCGUAUAUGCCAACUUUGGCACUAUUGCGGACUUCGAUCUGCUUGCUGCGAAAGGCAUCUCGGUCAAGGGCAAGAUUGUCAUCUGCAAAUAUGCCAAAGUAUUUCGUGGUCUGAAGAUUAGGGCUGCCGAGCAGUACGGUGCUGCGGCUGUCAUUUUGUACAACGACCCUCAGGAGGACGGCGAAUACACGACCAGAAACGGCUACCAGCACUUCCCUGACGGACCAGCUAGGCAUCCAAAGACCAUUCAGCGUGGUAGUGUUGACUACUUCUCCGUUGCUGUCGGCGAUCCGACCACCCCUGGAUAUCCUAGUCUGCCUGGCAGAGAUGUGAAAAGAUGCGAUCCCACGCAUGCCAUCCCUACUAUCCCCUCGCUCCCUAUCUCAUACUCGGAAGCCCAGCCCUUCCUUGAAGCCCUCAAUGGUCACGGCCUCUCGCCCUCCGAGAUGGGAGGCGAAUGGCUUGGGCAAUUGGAAGGUGUCCAGUACUGUACGGGACCUAGUGCUUUGAAAGUCUCGUUGUCAAAUCAAGGCACCUUUAAAUAUGCCACGAUAUACAAUGUAGUUGGAACUAUCCAGGGUACCAUUGAGGAGUGCGUCGUCCUCGGGAACCACCACGACUCCUGGUGCUGUGGUGCCAUCGAUCCUGUGUCUGGCACUACCUCAAUGAACGAAGUUGCACGAGGCUUUGGCGACUUGCUUUCCAAAGGAUGGAGGCCGCUUAGGAAGAUCAUCCUCUGCAACUGGGAUAAUGAAGAGUACGGGUUGGUCGGCUCAACGGAAUGGGGAGAAGACAACGCCGAGAUGCUGAGCGAGAGUUCCAUAGCGUAUAUCAAUGUGGAUGAGUCUACAAAUGGAGGGCGGAUUCUCGGUGCCAACGGCAGUCCUCUUUUGAACACCAUCCUCCGAGAUGCUGCUAAGGUGGUCGAAUCCCCACUGUAUGAAGGAAAGUCAGUUUACGACGACUGGCUGAGCGACCAGCAGCUAGCAGACCCUGGCCUUGCAGAGCCCAGCCUUGCACUCAUGGGAACGGGGAGCGACUAUACCGUCUUCUUCGACCACCUCGGUAUCCCCUCCAUCGACAUGCUCUUCAACAGACAAGGCCAAGGCGUCUACCCCUAUCACUCUAACUAUGAUAGCUACUACUGGGUCGACAAGUUUGGAGAUCCGGGCUUCAAGAAGCACUUGGCCAUGGCUCGCUUGUGGGGACUGGUUGUCGCCAGGCUUGCCGAGGCUGCCGUGGUGCCUUUUACUGCUGCACACUAUCCUGCUACUCUGAAGAUGCACUUGAAGGAACUGAAGGAGCGUAAGAGCUGCUCUCUCGACUUUACUUCCAUUGAUGCGUCGAUAAGUCGUUUCCAAACCGCCGCGGAGAAGCUGGACCAAAAAGCAAAAGCCUUGUCGACUGCGACCACAGACGAAGAACAGGCUUCGCUGUCGUCUAUCAACACAAAGUACAGGUUGAUUGAGCGACUAUUUCUGUUGCCAAAAGGCGCAGGACUGCCGGGAAGGCCAUGGUACCGGCACAUGGUCUUUGCUCCGGGUCUAUGGUAUGGCUAUGAUGGCGUGAUAUUCCCCGGAGUACUGGAGGCUUUAGAGAAGGGAGAACUGGCAACGGCGAACGAGUGGCUGGGGAAAAUCGCUACGGCUAUUAAUAGCAUAGCUGAUAUGAUUGAGCAGCCCGCCUCUAACUGA